AUGAGCCCAGAGACCGCAGGAGCCCAGACCACCACCCGUCCCUGCCCGUCCUUGCCAAUGAUCCAUCUCGUCAGGUACGUAUUCGCACCAAGUACCUACUCCAUACCUUGGUGCUUUCCUCAGUUCCUACAGGCUGCCACCAAUCAGCCGUGGAUCGUACCUACCCUUAGACUCGACGCAGGAAGGACCAGUCCUAGGCACCUUCUACGACCCGUAGCCCGCCCGCUGUCCGUACCAACUCCUUCCCACAUUUGGGUUGACCACCAUCAAAUGUACCUACGUAUGUACUGCCGCCGCCGACUCGUCCCUGCUUCGCUGCCCUACAAACCCUGGAUGCUGCUGCCAACACUUCCUUCCUGCCAGGUCUGCACCAUCUGCUUCAUGAAUUAUUAA